AUGCAGGGAACUCUCUUAACUGUUUUGAUCACAACCACUGCCUCUGUCCUACACAUGCCCAUGUACUACUUCCUGAAGAACCUUGCCUUGACAGAGAUCUGCUACAGGCUGAGCAUUAUCCCCAACAUGCUCAUGAUUCUGCUGAUGGAGGAAAAAAUUAUUUCCUUCACAGCUUGUGCAUUGCAGCUCAACUGCGUUAUCCUUUUUGUCACCUCCAUCUCUUACCUUCGCAUUAUCUAUGCUGUUCUUCAGAUACCACUGGCUGUGGGCCAGAGAAAACCCUUUUCCACAUGUGCAGCUCACCUGCUGGUGGUGGCUCUUUUCUACAGCACAGCUGGCAUCAUCCACCUGCAACCCAAGGCCAGCUUCUCAUCCAACAUGAAGAAAACGGUUUCCCUGUCCUACACAGUUAUCACCCCGAUGCUCAACCCCAUCAUCUACAGCUUGAGAAAUCAGGAAUUCAAGCAAAACCUGAAGAGAUGCACUGACGAGUGAUUCCUUAGGAAGCAGGUGGCUGUUUUUUCACUGUCCAGGUGAUGGAUUCCUUGUAGCUGCACAGAACAUGAGAGUUCCCCUCCUAAAAGUUAAAUGAAAUUUAAGAAUAAAGUGAAAUUCCUUUCAAAGAGA